AUGCCUAUGACACUGGGUUACUGGAAUGUCCGCGGACUGACACACCCCAUCCGCCUGCUCCUGGAAUACACAGACUCAAGCUAUGAGGAGAAGAGAUACACCAUGGGGGACGCCCCCAACUUUGACAGAAGCCAGUGGCUGAGUGAGAAAUUCAAUCUGGGAUUGGACAUUCCCAAUCUGCCCUACUUAAUUGAUGGGUCACACAAGAUCACCCAGAGCAACGCCAUCCUGCGCUACAUCGCCCGCAAGCACAACCUGUGUGGAGAGACAGAGGAGGAGAGGAUUCAUGUGGACACUCUGGAGAACCAGGUUAUGGACACCCGCAUGCAGCUCAUGAUAGUCUGCUGCAGCCCGGACUUUGAGAAGCAGAAGCCAGAGUUCUUGAAGGCCAUCCCUGAUGAGAUGAAAACCUAUUCUGAGUUCCUGGGCAAGAGGCCAUGGUUUGCAGGGGACAAGGUCACCUAUGUGGAUUUCCUCGCUUACGAUAUCCUUGACCAGUAUCGUAUGUUUGAAUCCAAGUGCCUGGAUGCCUUUCCAAACCUGAAAUUCUUGGCCCGCUUUGAGGGCCUGAAGAAGAUCUCUGCCUACAUGAAGACCAGCCGCUUCCUCCCGAGACCUGUGUUCACUAAGAUAGCCCAGUGGGGCACUGAUUAGGCUCCUACCAUGCUGGCUCUCACAGGGAGGUCCUGUGCACACUGGAUCCUCCUGGGGACAGCUGGCCUUCUGCCCUGCCGCAUCAUGGUGCUCGCUUCUUCCUGCUCCCUUCUCCACAAGGCUUUGAAGCCCCCUGCUUCCUAAUCAAGCCUGCCCUCAUUAAGCCCAUGUAGUCUCCAUCUCCCCACUUCCUUUCACCAAGGUCCCUUCUUCACUCCUGUCCUAACCCAAGCGCACAGUCCUUUUCCAUGAUUUGAUGUCUGCCCUGAACUCUACUCCUCAGAAUUAUUCUAAAGGUCAAUACUGCCUCCAGUUCCAACAGGCUCUCAGUGGAGGGGCUGCUCCAGGCCUGUCUCACCUCCAGUAAAACCUGAAACACA